GCGUGCGCUCGGUGGCUCAUAGGGGAAGAUGGCGGCUGCUCUUUUGGAGGAGUGGGAUUGAGAGGGGCGGAGGGAGGAGGCCAGACAAGACAGACAUUCCUGACUGUGAAGACGAACAUUUCGCUCGCCAGUCAUUAGGAGCUCUGCUCAGCGCCACAGGUUGGUUGAGUCUGCGGAUAUAGAACUCAUGGAUACGGAGGGCUGACUAUACAGUAAGUCCCCUACAGACGAAUGAGUUCAGUUUCGAGAGCACGUUCAAUUUCGAGACACUGGAUUGCAUUCUGCAUGGCUGCUGCAACCUUCAUGAACUGUUCUACAUUUGGGUCCUGUGCCUCAAAAGUGUCCUAGAACGAAAACGUCACCAUGGCUACAGAAAUUGGUUCUCCUCCUCGUUUUUUCCAUAUGCCAAGGUUCCAGCACCAGGCACCUCGACAGCUGUUUUAUAAGCGACCUGAUUUUGCACAGCAGCAAGCAAUGCAACAGCUUACCUUUGAUGGAAAACGAAUGAGAAAAGCAGUAAACCGAAAAACUAUAGACUAUAAUCCAUCUGUAAUUAAGUAUUUGGAGAAUAGAAUAUGGCAAAGAGACCAGAGAGAUAUGCGGGCAAUUCAGCCUGAUGCAGGUUAUUAUAAUGAUCUGGUUCCACCUAUUGGGAUGUUGAAUAAUCCUAUGAAUGCUGUAACGACAAAGUUUGUUCGAACAUCAACAAAUAAAGUGAAGUGUCCGGUAUUUGUUGUUAGGUGGACUCCGGAAGGAAGACGGUUGGUCACUGGAGCUUCUAGUGGAGAGUUCACCUUAUGGAAUGGACUCACUUUCAAUUUUGAAACAAUAUUACAGGCCCACGAUAGCCCAGUGAGGGCCAUGACUUGGUCACAUAAUGACAUGUGGAUGUUGACAGCAGACCACGGAGGAUAUGUGAAAUAUUGGCAGUCGAACAUGAACAACGUCAAGAUGUUCCAGGCACAUAAGGAGGCGAUUAGAGAGGCCAGUUUCUCACCCACGGAUAAUAAAUUUGCUACAUGCUCUGAUGACGGCACUGUUAGAAUCUGGGACUUUCUUCGUUGCCAUGAGGAAAGAAUUCUCCGAGGGCACGGUGCUGAUGUGAAGUGUGUAGACUGGCAUCCAACAAAAGGGUUAGUUGUUUCAGGAAGUAAAGAUAGUCAACAGCCAAUCAAGUUCUGGGAUCCCAAGACUGGGCAGAGUCUUGCAACACUUCAUGCCCAUAAAAACACAGUAAUGGAAGUGAAAUUAAAUCUCAAUGGCAACUGGCUGCUCACAGCAUCACGUGACCAUCUCUGUAAACUUUUUGACAUCCGGAACCUGAAAGAAGAGCUUCAAGUCUUCCGAGGUCAUAAGAAAGAAGCUACAGCUGUGGCCUGGCAUCCUGUUCAUGAAGGGCUUUUUGCCAGUGGAGGGUCUGAUGGCUCUUUGUUAUUCUGGCAUGUCGGGGUAGAGAAAGAAGUGGGUGGGAUGGAGAUGGCCCACGAAGGAAUGAUCUGGAGUCUAGCUUGGCAUCCUCUUGGACAUAUUCUUUGCUCAGGCUCAAAUGACCAUACUAGCAAAUUUUGGACCCGAAACCGACCAGGUGAUAAAAUGCGAGAUCGAUACAAUCUAAACCUAUUACCUGGAAUGUCUGAAGAUGGAGUGGAAUAUGAUGACCUUGAACCUAAUAGCCUGGCAGUAAUUCCAGGGAUGGGAAUACCAGAGCAACUAAAAUUAGCUAUGGAACAAGAACAGAUGGGGAAAGAUGAAUCAAACGAAAUUGAAAUGACGAUUCCAGGUUUAGAUUGGGGAAUGGAGGAGGUGAUGCAAAAGGAUCAGAAAAAAGUACCUCAGAAGAAAGUUCCUUAUGCAAAACCUAUUCCUGCUCAGUUCCAGCAGGCUUGGAUGCAAAAUAAAGUUCCAAUUCCUGCCCCAAACGAGGUAUUGAAUGACAGAAAAGAAGACAUUAAAUUGGAAGAAAAGAAAAAAACACAAGCAGAAAUUGAACAAGAAAUGGCCACAUUGCAGUACACUAACCCACAGCUUCUGGAGCAACUUAAAAUUGAAAGACUUGCACAGAAACAGGCUGAGCAAAUUCAGCCUCCUCCUUCAUCUGGCACUCCUCUCCUGGGACCCCAGCCCUUUCCAGGACAAGGUCCCAUGUCUCAGAUUCCUCAAGGUUUUCAACAGCCUCAUCCAUCUCAGCAGAUGCCAAUGAACAUGGCUCAAAUGGGGCCUCCAGGUCCACAGGGACAGUUUAGACCCCCUGGACCCCAGGGACAAAUGGGACCACAAGGUCCUCCACUGCAUCAAGGAGGUGGGGGGCCACAAGGAUUCAUGGGACCACAAGGACCCCAGGGUCCGCCCCAGGGGUUGCCAAGGCCUCAGGACAUGCAUGGGCCCCAAGGAAUGCAAAGGCAUCCUGGACCUCAUGGCCCUUUGGGACCUCAAGGACCACCAGGACCACAGGGUAAUUCUGGUCCUCAAGGUCAUAUGGGUCCACAGGGCCCACCUGGCCCACAAGGUCACAUAGGUCCCCAAGGCCCACCUGGUCCCCAGGGUCACUUGGGCCCUCAGGGACCUCCUGGUACUCAAGGUAUGCAGGGACCACCUGGUCCCAGAGGAAUGCAAGGACCUCCCCAUCCUCAUGGGAUGCAAGGCGGGCCAGGGUCUCAAGGGAUCCAAGGUCCUGUGUCUCAGGGACCUCUGAUGGGAUUGAAUCCAAGAGGAAUGCAGGGUCCUCCAGGCCCCCGAGAGAACCAGGGUCCUGCUCCCCAAGGGAUGAUGCUGGGCCAUCCGCCUCAAGAGAUGAGAGGACCUCAUCCUCCAAGUGGACUGCUGGGACAUGGGCCUCAGGAAAUGCGAGGUCCUCAGGAGAUGCGAGGCAUGCAGGGGCCUCCACCCCAAGGAACAAUGCUGGGCCCUCCCCAGGAAUUGCGAGGGCCUCCAGGCUCACAAGGUCAGCAGGGGCCGCCCCAGGGCUCUUUGGGACCUCCGCCCCAGGGUGGCAUGCAAGGGCCCCCUGGACCUCAGGGACAGCAGAACCCGGCAAGAGGGCCACAUCCAUCUCAAGGGCCAAUACCGUUCCAGCAGCAGAAAACAGCUCUGCUAGGUGAUGGGCCCCGGGCCCCCUUCAACCAGGAAGGACAGAACGCAGGCCCCCCACCCCUGAUACCAGGCCUAGGGCAGCAGGGAACACAAGGUCGCAUCCCCCCUCUUAACCCUGGACAAGGACCUGGCCCUAACAAAGGUGACUCACGUGGCCCUCCAAACCAUCACAUGGGCCCAAUGUCAGAGAGGCGGCACGAGCAGAGCAGCGGCCCUGAGCAUGGUCCCGAGAGGGGGCCUUUCCGGGGCGGCCAGGACUGCAGGGGUCCCCCUGAUAGGCGCGGCCCUCACCCCGACUUCCCCGACGACUUCAGCAGACCAGAUGACUUCCACCCCGACAAGCGCUUUGGCCACCGGUUGCGUGAAUUUGAGGGGCGAGGAGGACCUUUACCACAAGAAGAGAAAUGGAGGCGUGGGGGCCCCGGGCCUCCGUUUCCUCCUGACCACAGGGAGUUCAGUGAGGGGGAUGGCCGGGGCGCGGCCCGGGGCCCUCCAGGGGCAUGGGAAGGCCGCAGACCUGGAGACGAACGCUUCCCCCGGGAUCCUGAGGACCCACGGUUUCGAGGGCGCAGAGAAGAAAGCUUCAGAAGAGGAGCCCCCCCGAGACAUGAGGGUCGUGCUCCCCCCAGAGGAAGGGAUGGUUUUCCUGGUCCUGAAGACUUUGGACCGGAGGAAAAUUUUGAUGCUUCUGAAGAAACAGCCCGAGGCAGAGAUCUCAGAGGUCGGGGUCGGGGUACCCCACGAGGAGGAAGGAAGGGUUUACUUCCCACUCCUGAUGAGUUCCCUCGCUUUGAAGGAGGACGGAAACCAGACUCCUGGGAUGGUAACAGAGAGCCAGGGCCGGGUCAUGAACAUUUCCGUGAUGCUCCCCGCCCUGAUCACCCCCCUCACGAUGGUCAUUCCCCAGCAAGCAGAGAACGGUCCUCUUCUCUCCAAGGCAUGGACAUGGCAUCCCUGCCACCCCGAAAGCGCCCCUGGCACGAUGGACCAGGAACCUCUGAGCACAGAGAAAUGGAAGCCCCAGGGGGUCCUUCUGAGGAUCGAGGAGGCAAAGGCCGAGGGGGCCCAGGACCGUCUCAGAGAGUGCCAAAGUCCGGACGUUCCAGCUCCUUGGAUGGAGAUCACCAUGAUGGGUACCACAGAGAUGAACCUUUUGGGGGCCCUCCAGGCAGUGGUACCCCUUCUAGAGGUGGCCGGAGUGGCAGUAACUGGGGUAGAGGGAGUAACAUGAACUCUGGCCCGCCAAGGCGGGGAGCUUCAAGGGGGGGUGGAAGGGGUCGGUAGAAGUUGGGGCUCAAUACCCCUAGGCCUCUCUGGACAGUAUUUAAGAACUUCUUAUGGACUUUCGAAAAGAAACAAAAGGAAACCUGCACCAUGUAGCCCUGAACUCUUUCUGGGGCAGCUGAAUCCCAGGAGCCCCUGAUGAGGUCUUCAAGAUGAAGAGACUGCUGCUGGCUACCCAGAGUAGCUGGCCUUGUUUUGUCCUGUUCACCCUCACUGCCCUAAAUCCCACAUGGGUUUGUGAAGAUAAAAGCUGGAAAUUUUUUUUUUUUUGUAAGUGUCACGAGACAUGGAGCACCUCCACAAAUUUAAGUUCGUGUCCAAUUGGAAAUUUGUUUCUAUAUGUACAGUUUGUCAGAGAAAAAACAUUAAGUUGUUUUUGUAUGAAUACAGAAUGUGAUUUACGCAAGAAUUAACAGAAAACAACUAGUCGUCAAGUGCUUGCCUUAAGGAAACCCUUAGGUUCCAUUGCAUCCAGUCUGCUGAGGGGUGUAUAAUUAUUGCUUAUAUUUGUGAGCAUACUUGAUGGAAAUCUCCAAGUCAUCUAAAUUAAGUCAUCUGUGAACUUUUUGUUUUUAAACAAAUUCUCAUCUAGCCAUUCUGUCACACUUAUUUUUGUAGCAGAGUGAAAAAUACUUCAAAACUGUAACAUGGUUUGAAGUAGACUCAAAGCCUUAUUAGUUAGACCUGCUCUGGCAGAUGGAAAAUUAUACACUGAAGAAAAAAAUCUGGAUGUCCAAGCAGGGCAUCUCCCUUGGCUGCAUCUCCUAGUAAUCACACCUCAGGCUUGCAUUGCCUUCUUCUGAUGAGAGGAACUUGACAUAAGCCAGAAAUCAACUACACAUACCUUCUGAAUACUGCAGAUCAUUUCACAAAUUGUUUGAAGUUGAAAAGGAAUAGAUCAAAAUAUCUCUUAAAACAGUUUUGCAAAACUUAAAUAAUUUCUUCCUCUUCCACACUAGCUAUGUGGAUAUACCAAUGUUAAGGCAGAGGAUUGUUCUAACUUUAAAAUUAAGCCAGGAAGUUCUCAUCCACAACAAAUUCCUUUAGUUUAAAAUAACUGGAACAUUUGGCCCAGUUUGAAUUGGAAGCCAAAAGUCCAGUUUGAGAUAGCUCCAGGAUACUUUCUAUACUGACCCCUUACUUUAUUUUUAUAAAAAGAAAGCUUUUAUUAUUGAAAGGACAGUCCUGUAGCCACCCUAACAUAUUACUUUGCCAGCUUCAGUUUGGCAUUGGAGACAAGUUUCCUUGACAAAUUUAGUGGUGCUGGAAAGUGUCAGUAGUUGCUUAGGAAAGGGAUACUGAAAUAGUGAAAUAGUUGGAGAGUAUAUAAAAAAACUCCUAACUGGUUCUCCAUUAAUUUAUAAAACAGUGAGAGCCGUUAUUUCUGCAGAUAAAAUGUGAACCCCCUCCGCCCCACACACACUGGUUUUUUAGGGUGUUAGAACCCAGAGACUACAAGAGAUUUUCUCUUUACUUUGCAAUUUAAAACAUCCUAUUUAUUAGUACCUGGCUCUAAACACACGCUUAGGAGACUUAAGAUUGCUUUAGGUUUGUGGAUAGUCUUUAUUUGCCCUCCACUGGUAUUGCUUAAAAAGAAGCUGUAGUCAAAUUCUGAGAAGCUAAAAAAGGAUCCAGAGAGCAAACCCAUAUAGAGAUUUAGGCUCCUUUUCUCUGAGAUUCAUGUGGUAAGAACUUCAUCAUAACAUUUUAAGGCUUUAAUUUUAAAAACACAGUACCUCAGUAAGCAGAUAACCAGAUCACAUUUUGAGAAAGAAUUAAUUUAGAGAAAACUGAAAACUCAACAUUAUAUAUGUAUAUAUCUGCAUUUUAAAGCAUCACUAUCAAAAUACAUGAGAUAUUGUGCUUUGAAUUUUAUAAAAGCUUAGAUUUCCAAACACUGAAUUCUUGAGAAAAUGUUGGGAAAACAAUUUUUAAAAAUAAAAUAGCAUCAACAUAAAAAUCAACACUGUAAAAUCUUUAGCACGCAAAUUGUAGAGAAAUUUAGAACUAGAAUACAGAUUUAACUAGGGGGUAGAAAGAGCAGUUAAUGGUACAAGUUUUCCAGUCAAAAAAUAAUCACUCCCACAAAACAGUAAAUUUGCUUUUACAAACACCCCCUUGGUUGUUCCUCUUGAGGUAGGUAACCCUAUUUACUGGCAGCGGAACAAGGCAGCAUUCUUAGAGAACAUGGGGGGCGGGGGCAGCGGAUAAGUCUACAGUAUGGAUGCUGGUCACUUUAGUGUCCACCUUUUGGAACAGGGCUUAUGGACACUGAUCAGGAUGUAUGAAUAUAAAUUUUAGAAGUUGGAUGAAGGGUCAAGGCCCUAUUGCUGCCUUGAAAACCAGUUUCGGCAAUACUGGAAUCCAGCCCCAGGAAACGAUUAUUUUCAAAUUGUACAAUUCAACAUAAAGUGGUUCACAACCUUGGCUGAAAAAGGAAUCAUCUGGAAAGCUCAAAAAAAAAAAAAAAAAAAAAACCCCCCAGAAACAAACUGAUGCCUGUCUCCUGCCACCCCAAGAUUCUGACUGAUCUGAGAUUUGACUGACUCUUCAAAUAAUUCUAUUGUGAACUGAGAACCACUGGCAUAGAAUUUAAACAUUUUAAAUGCAGUUUACAUGCUAGUUAAUACAUGGCUAAUGACAAAAUGUGGUUUUCUGGACUCAUCAGAAUACUGAGCCCAUAUACUUUCUAGCAAUAAAUUAAGGAAAAUAAUAAGUUCCUAGACAAAUUGCUAAACCUAAAAUUAACGAAA